ACCUUAGUUUAUGCAGAUCUUCGGGGGAGAGGGGUGGUGGAGAUCUUAGUUAUUCUUAUUUUCCGACACACUAGAUUCUCGAAUUAACUAUGCACCUGAUGAUUGUAGCUGGUGUGUUCUGCACUUUAUGAAAUGAGUAAAUCCGGUAUAAUCAGAUAGGUAUUUGGUGUCCGUGCCUCCAGUACAUGGGUUGGGUCCCUGUGUUUUAUAGAACGGUUACAUAAUCCCAUCAGUGCUCGGGAAAUGUGUUGAUGCGAGCCGAGGAAAAUCGUGCAGUGGUUACGUUUGCUUGUCUGGAAGCACACACGCCCAGACUGACAUCAGAGAAUGGCUACCUAUUCAGAAUCUGGGUUCCAAGAGGCUGAGUUGGUCCUGCAUUCAAGUAGUGCCAAUAUUCAGGAUCAGACACCAGAUCGAGAAGUACAGCAACUGCAUGAUGAUGUGGAGAUGAAAAGUAAUGGCUCAAGUGGGACUGAUUCAAAUGUGAAUGAAUUUUCAGAGAGCUCGAGCAGUAGCGCCAGUCAAAAUGGAAAAGAUUCAGCUCUACUUUUGGAUUCGUUAGAGAGCAGCAAAAGUACUAAUACAAAGAAAAGAAAACGAAGAUUUGCUGAAGUAUAUAUCCGAAAUAAGAGGCUUCCUUUCAUGCCUCUGUCAUUUGAAAAAUUUAAUCCUACUGACAGUUCCAACUCCCAGAGCCUGUCCCUUCGCAGCAGCUCAAAUGGAUUCAGUCUCAUUAGUGCUAGCUCAGAACAAGACAAUCCUUCAACAAGUGGUUGCAGUAGUGAUCAAUCCGCUAAAGCAAAGACACAGAAAGAAUUGAUAAAAGCACUAAGUGUCUUAAAAAGACACCUUCCAUCUGAUAAGAUGACUAAAGGAAAAUCCAGGACACUUUCUACACUGAAGUAUGCUCUACGAUGUGUAAAACAAGUCCGAGCUAAUGAAGAGUACUACAAGUUUCUAAUGAAUGAUGACUCUGAACCAAGUAGCUUGAGUAUAAACUCCUUCACCAUUGAUGAGGUCGAGAACAUUACAAGUGAAUAUACUUUGAAAAAUACAGAUAUCUUUGCUGUAACUGUUUCUCUGAUCACGGGACAGAUUGUAUACAUCUCUGACCAAGCCUCUUCAAUUCUGAAUUGCAAUAAAGAUGUCUUCAAAAAUGUCAAGUUCACAGAGCUCCUUGCUCCACAAGAUGUUGGAGUUUUCUACAGCUUUACAAAGCCAUCUCAACUGCCUCUGUGGAGUGUGUGCACAGCUGCUGAUUCAUCAUCACCAGACUGCAUGCAAGAGAAGUCUUUCUUCUGCCGUAUUAGUGGAGAUCGACAGCGAGAUCACGGCAUCCAUUACUAUCCCUUUCGUAUGACGACUUAUCUCACGAAGGUGCGGGUAUCUGAAGAUGAUGAUGACCAACUCUGCUGUCUAUUACUUGCUGAGAGAGUGCACUCAGGCUACGAAGCACCAAGAAUUCCUCAUGACAAGAGAGUUUUUACCACGACACACACACCCAGCUGCGUUUUCCAGGAUGUUGAUGAGAGGGCUGUUCCUUUGUUGGGUUACUUGCCUCAGGACCUCAUUGGAAUGCCUGUGCUGAUGCAUCUGCAUCCAGAUGAUCAACAUUUGAUGCUAGGCAUUCAUAAGAAAAUAUUGAAACAUGCUGGGCAACCAUUUGAACAUUCACCUGUCCGAUUCUGCUGUCAGAAUGGUGAAUACAUCACCAUUGAUACCAGUUGGUCAAGCUUUGUUAAUCCAUGGAGCAGAAAAGUGUCCUUCAUAAUUGGAAGGCACAAAGUCAGAACGGGACCUUUGAAUGAAGAUGUAUUUGCUAGUCCAGGAAUUACUGAAGCAAAGACACUCAAUCCUGAAAUACAGACUAUCACUGAGCAAAUUCGUCAGCUGUUGCUACAGCCAGUUUACAAUAAUGGUUCCAGUGGGUAUGGAAGUUUGGGAAGUAAUGGAUCCCACGCACAGUUCGUGAGUGUAGCCUCUUCCAGCGAUAGCAGUGGUAACAUCAAGGAUGAGAGCCACUGGAACAGACCUAUGACGUUUCAGAAGAUUUGUAAGGAUGUGCAUUUGGUCAAAAAUCAAGGACAAGCAAUGUUCAUUGAGAACAGAGGAAAGAGUGAAUCAAAACGCAGACACAAAAGCGUAACACAACAGAAAGAAACUAGUGGCCAGAACAAGGACUUUAAAGCCAGUUCAUCCAAGGUUGCUGCACCCAGCAAUGCCAUAAAAAACAUGCUGUUGGAUGAUUCAAGAUGCAAGGAACAGCCAGUAUAUUGUUAUCAGCAAAUCAACUGCUUGGACAGUGUAAUAAGAUAUUUGGACAGCUACAAUAUUCCAAGCACUGUGAAAAGGAAAUGUGAAUCUUCAUCGGCAUCUGAUGAUGAUAAAGAAAAAAAUCAUAACAUACAGGUUUCUAAAGAGGUGGCACCAUUACCACAUCAGUCUGUUCGAGUUCCUUUUAAAGUUGCAAAGGAGGUGUCCACUGGAGCAGUUGUCGGCACUCCCUUAACGCCACUCUCCUUACCAAAAAUCUUGUUGGAGGACAGGCUUGGUACUACUGACUCCGCAGAAAACAUGGCAUCUACUACACUGGUCACCACUACGCCUCCUGUGACCCAGGAAAAGGAACCAUACAAGAAACUUGGCCUCACCAAAGAAGUUUUAGCUGCUCACACACAAAAGGAAGAGCAGAUAUUCUUGAGCAAGUUCAAGGAGCUGAGUAAACUGAAAACAUUUGAACCUUCCUGCAAAUCGUACUUAGAAGAUCAGUACAAAGGAUGUUCAGGAGAUUGUGGUUCUCAAGGAUUCAAACCUGGAUGGAAUCGUGCUGAGCCUGUGUACAAAAAAGGCGGAAAGAAUAAGAAGCUGAAAUCAAAACGCAUCAAGCAGCAGGAAUUGUCUGACAGUUCUCCAUCUCGCACCAACCAGCAUACACCGCCUUCCUGGUCCCCAUCCGCUGUCUCUCAGAGUAGAUAUUCAGCUAUACCGUUUACAACAGUUAUGCCACCCUAUCAACUGCCAGUAUUUUCUGCCCAUGGAGGUAUGCCUCCUACUGCUGACCCCUCUCUGUCCAACUUUGAAAAUGCUCAGGCUGUUCACUGCACCACACAGCCUCCACCGUACUCUGCACCCCUGGUAACCCCUAUGGUAGCAUUUGUGCUCCCUAAUUACAUGCUGCCUGGGAUGAACGACACUGCACAGGAGCCUUUCUUUGCAAGCCAAGCUGCAUUCCCUUCACAAUCGACCUUUUUACCACAGACGACGUUUUCUGCAGAGACUUCUUCAUUCCCGUCUCAGCCACAGUUUGCAUCACAACAUUAUGAUCCACCAGCAGAAGGCGAGAAGGCAGCUGCACUAGAACCUCGAGAUGCCCCGUCAUGUUGCUGUACUCCACAAUCAGUAGGCCCUCAAGGCCACACUUCCCCUCCAUUAUUCCAGUCCAGGUGCAGUUCACCUUUACAACUGAAUCUGCUGCAGCUGGAAGAAAUGCCCAAAUCAUCAGAAGGAAUUGCAGUUGUUGGAAUUGUAGGUGGAAGUGGAUCAAUGGUUGAUGGAGGAGGUAUGAGCAAUACCCCCAAUAUUGCGAAUGUGGACGUUGCAAAGGAUGAAACAGAACUGGCUGUAUCACCCGAUGAACCCCAGAACAGUGAUGCUCACUCCACCUCUACUGACCUGUUGGAUCUGUUACUUCAAGAUUCACUGUCAGGCACAGGAUCUGCAGGCUCGGGGAGUGCCAGAUCAACAGCCUCAGGCUCUUCAGGCUCCCCUUCUAAUGGGUGUGGAAUGUCAGGAACUGACACAGGAAGCAGUCAUCUAAGCAACACCAGCAAAUAUUUUGGAAGCAUUGACUCCUCGGAGAAUGACCUCAAGUCAAAACUAGGAAACUCUAAGAAGAUUGACCAUUUCACUAAUUGUGUACUCCAAGACCCAGUCUGGCUCUCAAUGGCAAAUACAGAUGAAACAACAAUGAUGACCUAUCAACUUCCGUCUAGGGACAUUGAAACCGUUCUAAAAGAAGACCGAGAAAAGCUGAAAAUGAUGCAGAGAAAUCAACCAAAAUUCACAGAGGAUCAAAAAAAAGAACUCUACGAGGUUUUUCCCUGGUUUAGGACAAGUAUACUGCCAAAGACCAUUGAUAUCACAGAUUUGGCUUGCUGGGAGAAAAACGUAUCACAAAACAACUCGACGAUAUUCGAUGUGGAAAUCCUUAAUAUAGAAUUGAAUGGGUUGAUGGACCCGAGCCACGAUGUUGGCUAUCCACCCUUGAACUUUACAACUGAAGAGCAAAAACAUGCAGAAAUAGCAACCUCUAAUCUGGAAGUAGCAACAACCACAUUUGGAAACUCUGCAAGUUGAAAGUGUUUUGACUUUGUAAAUAAACUUCUACUAAAUAGGUUUGAAUGCACCGAGUUCCUUUUUUUGGAAUUUUCAAGAAACUGCAUCUCACCUUCAAUGAAAUGUUCAAGCUUAAGAAAAGUGAAAGAUUUUAUGGAACUAUUUUUUAAGUGGGUGUAUUUAAUACAUAAAUUGUGUUGCUUCAAGCUGAUUUCUAAAUGUAUCUGCAGUUUUUAACAUGUAUUCAUGGAGUCUGGUUUUAUUGUACUUGACAGACCUUGAAGUAUUCAUGUGUGUUGUUGAUGUGACACUUGGAUUUCUGAAUGUUUCCAGUUUUUUGCUGUUCCAAUCAUAAAUCUGACUUGAUAGUCCAUUGUAGAUUAUGUAUUAAAUUCAUCAUGGAUAAAUAUCUUUGUGGAAUUUUGUAACACCUUUUCCAAACAUGCUAUAUACAUAUACAUUUUGUAGUGGUAUGCAAGGAGCUUUGUUCCAUGAAUUCAAAUAUUUUAACAAUAUUCCAGUGAUUGGAAACACUGCAAAGGCUAGUAAUUUGGUAAUGACUUAUAAGAGUAAUUGUGGUUUCUGUCAGUGUUCAAGCAGAUCUGUGUACUUGGAUGUUCAACUAUAGCCUUAAAUGGAGUCAUCCUAAUUUCUGAAUGUUGAUUGGAAUAUGCCCUAAGGUGGUGUUUUUGGAUUAAACCUCAUUGAAAUAGACUGUCAAAGUAUACAACAGCACUUAUUUGGAGAAGUGAAACUAAACAGCAUAUUCUGACUCUGGACCAAAGAAAUAAACAAUGUGCUCAAGAAAGGCUAAAGUAAACCAAAUUGACAUGUAUAGGUAACUUGUCCAGUCUUUGAAAUCACAUAACAAGGGGACAGUCCAGCGCUUCAUUAAAUUCUCUCCUCAGUAUUGUGUUGUAGCUGUUCUGAAAGACCAACAAUUUUCUUUAGAUUAUGUAUUUGAGAAUGUGUGAUGUAGGACUUACUCUGCAGUGUCACAUCAGAAAACAUAGACAACUAACUUAUAAACAUUUUUAAUUUUUUUUAAGAAGUCCUGUUUUCAUAAAACAUCCUAAUUGUCAGCUUUCCUUUUGGAAAUUUUAACUUUAUGCACAAGUUAUCCAUUGAUGCUAGGUAUUUUAAAGGUUCUCUCAAAUAAUGUUUAAUAUGAUAUGAAUUGUGAUAAUUUUAUGACAGUGUUCUACUUUUUGCCUUAUUUGACACUGGGUAGCGAAUUAAGAAAUUGGUUACAAGUUUAUACACCCCAUAUUGGGGUUUCCAGGCAGGAAUGCUGAUAUAAGGAAGAAUUCUGGGUAGUCUCUGAUCUGUAGGACUUCUGGUGUCAAAUAAAGCUAGAAGAUUUACUGUUGUGUGGGCAUUAUCUCUCAGUCACAUACCCAAAACACAGGAAUGUGAAUUACAUGUUAGCACUAUUUUAUUACCUGCCAAAAUCCUUGUGGCCAGUUUACUGACUUCACCGUUCUCCCCUGACUUCCAUGUGAACGUUUUUCAUUUGAGAAACUGAGUUUGCCCGGCAUUCUCAAGUUAGAAAUUCCUCUGCUAUUUUCAAUGGCCCCUGGACAAAUGAUGGUGGGCCUGUGACGCCGGAGAUAAGAAUGAGUUUGAUUCUGCAGAGUCAUGUUUAGAGGCAUAGGCAAAGCAGGGCUGCCCAGUCACUUUAAUUGUUUCAUGAAAUAAAUCUCCACUCUGGUUCCACACUUUAUACUGUGUGAAUUUGCCAAACUAAUUUAAAGAAAGUGUGUAUAUUUUUUUCCUCUUUCCUUUCUCUCUUUGUCUAUCUGUAAAGGAGAGAGAGAUAAUAACAUACUGUGAAGGAGCAUGUAGUACAGCAAGUCUAAGAUUUGGGAAUAAUCUAGAAUACCCAUCAUUCUUAUUUUCUGCCUAUGGAAUAUUUUGAUUUUGAAACUUAGUAGCUGCAUAAUGCGCCACCAUCUGAACUAGCAGCUUUGCCUCCAGAAUAUCAUUGAUUUUGUUCCUUAUGUCACAUGUUGCUCAAUAAUUGAAAUGAUUGAAGCAUCUUUUCCGGACUGGAGGCUGUUUCCCAUCUUUACAAAUGUUGAUCAAUAAAAAAGCUGCAGUUUGGUUUUCUCUUCUAUAUCUGCCAGACCUCAUAGCCUGCAUUAACCUGUUAUGUAGCAGUGCCUUAAUUCUGUCUGGAGUCUCUCCUGAGCUUGAAUGAUCAGAAGCUUAUAUUGAGAAUCAGCUAUAGACUUAGGCCCAACACAUUGCAUUAUCACCUAUGAUUCAUUUCAAGCAUCAUUGGUCUUUCUACGAGUUUCUGAAACGUAAGAAUGAAGUUACUUAUUAAAAAUUUACUCUUAAUAUUUUUGAAGAUUUAUUAGCACAAGUUAAUUUAAUUGAAGAUUUCAUAUUGUGAUGUUAACGCAGUGCCACCUUGCUAUUAAUGGAAAACAGUGACCUAAUUUUUUUUGGCUAGUGAAAGAACUGAGCUGCUGAAUCUUAUCAGUGUCAGUGUGUAGCAGAUCCUUCUCCAGGAGUUUCAUUUGAUUUUAAAAUGCACAAUUUUUCUAUUUCUUUAUGGGAUGUCACCUACACACAAAUUGUUAUUGCUGAAUAAAUGAUUGCAGAAUGUGUGCCAAGGGCUUUAUUGUAAUGUUGGCUUGAAGGAAAUGCUGAGCUUGACAUACAAAAUAGUUUUGACGUCAUGAGAGUUGAUCAUUCAUCCAAGAGUUAUCAUCACCAAUGUAAAUAGUCCAUGGCAUUAGCUGGGCUUAAUAACCUGUCCAAGUCAAUUUUAAAAAUCCCAUAGAAUAUAACCAGUCACUGUUUAAUAAAAGUUACUCAAGAAAUCACAAGUAUGUUAUACAAUUAUUUUGCUUCUCUUUAAAUAAGGAAGACGGCUUAAUAUUACGAUUUGGUUUGAAUGCAUCUUCAACUAAAUCUAUAGUUUAAUUUUUAAUCAGCCGUUGGCAUUGUUUUUUGAAGGAGAAAUAAAUUUUUAAUUUACAUUGUUAUUUUUAAUCUGUGGAAUCUGAGAAAUGAGACAGAUACUUUCCUAGUAUCCAUCCUUAAACUCUGGAACUGGCUUCUUUUUCUGAUGGGAUUUUUAAAAUUUGUAGCUGUUCACAUAAAAUGGAGAGUGUUUUUUUUAUUUAAAUGAUAAAUGCCUCAUAAAACCAUGAAAGUUUGCUGACAGUAUUGGUUACUGCCAUCAAAACUUAUAGUACCAAGCCCCUCAGUCUGUUGAAGAAUUCAUAAAAAAUCAAAAAAGUAUAUAUUUUGAUGGCUUUUUAAUAGCCUAAAGGUUUAAGAUUUGUGUUGUGCCCUAUUGUUCAUUGUUUUAUAUUGCAAACACUUGAGUGAGUUUUUUUUUAAAACAAAUAAACUGUUCCAGUUCAAUUUUAAA